GUAUAGACUUUGUGAUGACAGGAUGUCCUGAGAAUGACAGACGAGCGAGUGAAAGACACGAUGGAGGAGUUUCUUCUCUCCCAUGGUUACCAGAUGGGCAAAACCAUUGGAGAAGGAACGUAUUCAAAGGUCAAAGAAGCCUUUUCAAAAAAACACCAACGAAAAGUGGCUGUGAAAAUUAUAGACAAACUGGGAGGACCAGAAGAGUUUAUCGAGAGAUUCCUGCCUCGAGAGCUCCAGAUUGUCAAGCGCCUAGACCACAAGAACAUCAUCCGGGUGUAUGAGAUGCUGGAGUCCACAGAUGGAAAGAUCUACCUGGUGAUGGAGCUGGCAGAGAAUGGCGAUGUCUUCGACUGCGUCCUGCAAGGAGGACCCCUGCCCGAGAGCCGGGCCAAAGCGCUCUUCCGUCAGCUGGUAGAAGCCAUCCGCUAUUGCCACAGCUGUGGGGUGGCGCAUCGUGAUCUCAAGUGUGAAAAUGCCCUCCUGCAGGGGCUCAAUCUGAAACUGACAGACUUUGGAUUUGCCAAGUUGCUCCCCAAGAACCGCAAGGAGCUGAGCCAGACCUUCUGCGGCAGCACAGCCUACGCGGCCCCCGAGGUGCUGCAGGGGGUGCCCCAUGACAGCAGGAAAGGUGACGUGUGGAGCAUGGGCGUGGUCCUUUACGUCAUGCUUUGUGCCAACCUGCCCUUUGACGACACGGACAUUCCCAAGAUGCUUUGCCAUCAACAGAAAGGGGUGUCCAUCCCUGGCCACUUGGGGAUCUCCGAGGAAUGCCAGGACCUUCUCAAAAGCCUCCUGGAACCAGACAUGAUCCUGAGGCCUUCCAUCGAAGAAGUGAGUUGGCACCCAUGGUUAGCAAGUUCCUGAGGACGGGACCAUGUCGAAAUUCUCCCCAAAUAAAAGGGGACAGGCUGUUUCCAAAAUGCUCACAUA